GUUUGUGCAUUGGAAUCACGACUCAGUUCACGUCAACUAUCGGAUGAAGUACAGAAGAAACUGUGCGAUGAAAUAGGCGUCAAAUUCACAACGGUGCAGGAAGAGCGUCAGAAAUUCGCUCAGGAAGUUGUAAAUGAAGAGCGGCGGCUGCUCGACGAGGUAGUAAAAUCGGAAAAUGAAGCGCAGUACGAAACAAUGAGGGGCAUUGCAGAUGAUGUAUUUGUCCGAAAACGCUCUAAUGUCCCGACUUCAACUCUAGGUCCAACAGGAACAGCUGAGAAAAAGCCAGCCGACGAAGAUCACUAUGAAAACGUGCUGAAGCGUAAGUUAAUAUUUUAA